CGUAUUUUUUUCAGGUUAGAUCAGCCGGUGUACAUGCGCAGUCCCAAACACACGUCUCAGAUCGCUGACUUUUUCUAUAACAACCGGGACAUCUAACGGCAGCUGCAGUGAUGCGCUGACUUUACUGAUUAGCAAUUGGCUCUUUCAUUCAGAAGGCGGGGCUUCCUGCAUUUGAGUGGCCAUAUUGAGCAUUGCAUUUUUCCCUAUUCAAAACUAUACGAGUGACAUGUCUUGGGUAUUCUAUAGUCUUUGGUUGCAUCUAAUGGCUCGAAAGAUCAAAGACAAUUUUUUGUAAUAAAUCCAACCGAAAUCGUCUGAAAGAAGAAAGUCAUAUACACCUAGGAUGACUACAGGUCACGGAUAUGACCAGCGGAAGUCACCCCAGGUUCCGCCUCCUGAUUGGCUGGUGCUGCCUGAUGAGCUCAGCUCUCCUGAUGAUAACCGUAUAUAUUUUUAUAAGGACAGAAUCCAGUGAAAGGUCUGGAGAAAGCACGACUGGAAAUUCAACAGCAAUCUAUGGCAAUACUUACCAACAAAUAGGUCUUUCCCCUGGUCCAUCUAGCAACGACUAUAUCCAUCUCAUCAGAGACGACAAAGAAAUCUGGAUAUGCCACCCGUGUACAAGCAGCACCCUUUCCCUAAAGAACGGCAGUGUUGAAAUUACAGUCAGUGGUCUAUACAAUAUCUACGCCCAGGUCACCUUUCAAAGCAAUCAGAAAUGUACUGUUGCAUUGCGCAAGAACGGAAGUGACUAUAAAAAAGAAAGAAUCCUGAGUAAGGUCAAGCACUCUGGAGCAGGAACAGUUACAAUGAUGCGUCUGGUCGAGCUGCAAGAGAGAGACAGCAUCAGCCUGGAGAUAGAUCCUAUCAAUGGCAUAUCAAGAGAACAUUCCGAUACUUACUGGGAAAUAAUGUUUUUAACAACAAAUAACAAACAAGUCUAAAUCUUUCAAAUUCUUUGAUGGCGAUCUAAAGUGCAAACCUUGAUUUAGUGUUUAAAGGAACAGUUCGGUCUUCCUUAAAGAAUCACAACACUCAUAUUUCAGUGUUUGUCACCUCAUUUUAAGUCAAGUGAUUCUCCUGAAAGAUUUGGUGUCUGUCUAUAUUUAUAUUUACCAAAGUAAAUGGUGAAAGACGUUUGUAUGGUCAGUUCUCAAGUCCAUUAUGGUUUUUAAAAGGAAUCUUUUCAUAUUUUUAUGUGUUGAAACAUUUAUAAAUCUAAUUCUAUAUUAUAUGACGUUUUAGAGAAUUUUUUUGAGAUUUAUUAUAUUAAAAUAUUUUUAAAGACAUUCCAUUUUAAACGGGUUAUGGGUUAUUUGUGUAUAUUAUCUGAAUUUUAUUUAAUUUCUUUUUUUUGUGCUGUUAAUGUUCAAGAAUUUCUUAAUUUAAUGCAAAAAUCAUGAUGAACAGUUGUCGACACAAUCAUUUGAAAUGAAUUCAUUUUUUCUAAAUAAUUUAUUUGUAAACUUCUCUGUAAGCUAUAUGAUAAUAAAAGUCA